UGUUUGUCCCAAGUAACAACAUGAAGCUUGCAGUGAUAGUCCUUCUGAGUGGACUUUCUCUACUCAAAGGCGUCAUUACAGCCACCAGUGAGUCUAAUGGCAUUCCAAAGGGUAUUGGAGACAUUAUUGCUUUUGAUGAGAAAAUAGGGGUGUGCAGUACAUUUGGAAGUGGAUCACUCAGGACCUUCAAUAACAACUUUCGCUAUUUGGGAUCAACUUGUGCAUUUGUGUUCAGCCAAUCAUAUGAGAAUGAUGCUCAAUUUCAAAUAAUAAUACAGCGAGGGAAAGAUGGUAUUCUGGCUAAAAUUAAAAUCACUGUAGACGGUAUUGAAACUGUUGUGGAAAAUGGAACCGUUUCUGUUGAUGGAGCAAGGAUUUCCCUUCCAUUUGAUCACAAAUCAAUUAAUAUCCAUAAAUACGGCAUUUACACAAGACUGAGGAGUAGGAGAGAAUUCCUGUCAGUGCUGUGGAAUAAUCAGGGAAAUGGCAUAGAUGCCCUUUGGAUGAAUCUUAAAUCUGACUACCAAGAAAAAACUAGUGGUCUAUGUGCUGGUGCAAGUUAUCAAGAAAGUAGACAUUUUACUGGAGAAGACUGUGAAGACUUUGAUGUUAUACAAACAUGUGAAGGUGACUCCAUUGUUUGCCAGAUGACCAUAUCAAAUUACUUGACUUCUUGCAGUGAACCAUUAACUUCUGAAUAUAUUAAAAUUUGCCAAAUGGAGGUUUGUAAUGGCCUACAAGAUAAGAAACAUGUGUGUCCUGUUUUUGAAGAAAUGGCUCGUAACUGUGACAUAGUCACAGAAAAAACCUACAACUGGAGAAAGGACUGUUCUACACCCACCUGCCCUGGAAACCAGAAGUUUAAAGAUAAUGGCCCUGCCUUCAUGCAAACAUGCUCAAAUCCAACAUAUUCCGAUGAGAAACUAAUAAGCACUUGUGUUUGUCCUGAAGGUAAAAUUCUUGAUGACCGCCUUGGGCAAAAUAAAUGUGUGGAAAAAGAAGACUGCCCCUGCAAAUUCGAUGGACAGAUUUAUAAACCAAAUAGCACACGUACAGAAUUGUGUUCAUCAUGUACUUGUGAAAGUGGAGAAUGGAAUUGUCAAAAAAAGGAUUGCCUUUCAAGAUGCACAGUUGAAGGGGGGUCUUUCAUCCAUACAUUUGAUGGCAAAGAGUACACAUUGCAUGGAAACUGCAAGUACUAUGCUGCUAUGGGGGAUAACUGGAAAUUAAUAAUUCAGCUGAGUAAGUGUGACAGCAGAGUGACUUGCCUGACAAAGGUGGAACUUGAAAUCACUGAUAACCAAACAAUCAUCUACUCUUUCACUGAACAAAACAUCUACAUUGAUGAGAAAGACACCAAUGAAAGGUACAAUUCAGAAAAUGUGCAAUUUUUCCCGCAGUCUUCAUUGUACAUUCAGGUUCAAACAAAUUUUGGUAUGAAGAUGCAAAUUCAGAGGAGUCCUUUUAUGCAGCUGUAUGUGACAUUACCUGCCAUUGCAAAGGGGGUUACAAAAGGGUUGUGUGGCAACUACAAUGACAAAAGUGAUGAUGAAUUCAUGGCAAGUAAUGGAAUUGUGGAGGAUUCCAAAUCCUUUGCCAAAUCCUGGAGGAGACAGGUACAAGAGUGUGCCGAGAUCUCUCCCAUCUGCAUGAACACAGAAAAUGAAAAAUAUGGAAAAGAGAAGUGUGCCUACCUGAAGGACCCUGUAUUUGCUAAAUGCCAUUCUCGUGUCGAUUAUACACCUUAUCUUGAGAAAUGCGUAAGUAGCGCAAAAUGCUGUGCCAAUCCUGCAGAAUGCACGUGUGUAGCACUGGGUAAUUAUGCAAAGGCCUGUGCUGCUAAAGGCUUGAUUGUGGAAAACUGGAGAAAGGACGAUUGUGUUGAAAUAUGUUCUAAAAAUCAGAAGUUUGCAUACAACAUGAAGGCCUGCAAUAGUACCUGCCAGUCACUAUCAGGGUCUGACUUUGCCUGUGAAGUGGAAGAUGUCCCAGUUGAUGGAUGUGGCUGCUUAGAAAAACAUUUGAACAGCAAAGGGAUGUGUGUUGCAGAAACUCAAUGCCCGUGCUAUUAUGAUCAAACUCCAGUUAGUCUGGGACAAAAUGAAAUUGAUGGACUCUCCUGUGUUUGCCAAAAUGGAAACCUGGACUGCAAACCACUGCUAAACUGCACAGAGGGCAAGAAAUAUAUCAAAUGUUCUAAAUAUUCAGGCCCAACAUCUGGAAAAACAUGUGCAAGUCUAAAUUUACCAGCUAGUGAUAACUGUGAAAGUGGCUGCUAUUGUCAAGAUGGAUAUUAUGAAGAUCAUAAUGGCAAAUGCGUUCGUCAGGAAGAAUGCACAUGCUUGUUUGGGGUCAAAAGCUACUCUGCAGGGGAAACGGUCACAAGUGGAUGCAAUAAUUGCACUUGCAUCAGGGGAAAGUGGAGUUGUACAGAAGAAGAAUGCAAAGGAAAAUGCCAAGUUUAUGGAGAUGGACACUUUCAAACCUUUGAUUUAAAGUGGUACAGCUACGAUGGGAAUUGUGAAUAUACUCUUGUAGAGGAUUACUGUGGUUCGAAUGGCACUUUCCGAAUAGCAGCAGAAAGUGUUCCCUGCUGUGAGGAAUCAGUUACAUGCUCAAGGGCUAUUAAAAUUAACUACCAGGGUGAAGAAAUAGAAUUACGAGAUAUGAAAAUUUUAGAAAAGAAAUCAAACAAAUGUGAGUCUGGGACAGCGACAAACUACUCGGUUCAUACAGUGGGCCUCUACCUAAUUAUCACUCUGAAGAAUGGCAUUACGUUGUUGUGGGACAAGCAUACAAGAGUAACCAUUAUAUUGGACCCCAAAUGGAAAAAUAAAGGUCUCUGUGGUCUCUGUGGAAACUUUGACGGGGACUCUAAAAAUGACAUGAUAACCAGAGGAAAAUCAGAAGUUACAAAAGUACUGGAAUUUGGCAACAGUUGGAAAGUCAAUCCCAGUUGUGCCAAUACAGUAAACCAGACAUCCCCCUGUGAGAAACACUGGUACUGUAAUGCAUGGGCAGAGAGAAGGUGCAAGAUCAUUACUGAUGAAAUCUUUCAAGAAUGUCAUAAGAAGGUGGACCCCCAGCCAUAUUAUGAUGUUUGUGUUAAAGAGUCAUGUGUCUGUGAGCUAGGGGGACAAUACCUUGGAUUUUGCACUGCUGUUGCUGCAUAUGCGGAGGCUUGCAAUGAGGCUGAUGUCUGUAUAACGUGGCGGACCCCAGAUUUGUGCCCUGUAUAUUGUGACUAUUACAAUGAUCCAGGAAAAUGCAGUUGGCAUUACAAACCUUGCGGAACGAUUGCCACAAAGACCUGUGGUAAUAACGUGAUUUCUGAGACGUUCUCUGCAAAGCUUGAAGGCUGCUAUGCAAAGUGUCCAGACAAUAAACCUUAUCUUGAUGAGAACACAAUGCGGUGUUCUGCUUUAGAAGACUGCACCUGUCUUUAUAAUCAAAUAAUGCAACCAGGCGAAACCAUACAAAAUGACUGCAACCAAACUUGUAAAUGCAUAAAUGGUGUGCCGAUAUGCACAGAAUUAUCAACAACCACACCCAUAACAACCACAACUACAAAAAUACCAACAACCACACCCACAACAACCACAACUACAGAAAUACCAACAACCACAACUACAGAAACACCAACAACCACAACUAUAGAAACACCAUCAACCACAACUAUAGAAACACCAUCAACCACAACUAUAGAAACACCAUCAACCACAACGAUAGAAACACCAUCAACCACAACUAUAGAAACACCAACAACCACAACUAUAGAAACACCAUCAACCACAACUAUAGAAACACCAUCAACCACAACUAUAGAAACACCAACAACCACAACUAUAGAAACACCAUCAACCACAACUAUAGAAACACCAACAACCACAACUAUAGAAACACCAUCAACCACAACUAUAGAAACACCAACAACCCCACCCACAACAACCACAACUAUAGAAACACCAACAACCACAACUAUAGAAACACCAUCAACCACAACUAUAGAAACACCAACAACCACAACUAUAGAAACACCAACAACCACACUGACAACAACUACAACUAUAGAGACACCAACAACCACAACUAUAGAAACACCAACAACCCAACCUACAACAACCACAACUACAGAAACACCAACAACCACAACUAUAGAAACACCAUCAACCACAACUAUAGAAACACCAUCAACCACAACUAUAGAAACACCAUCAACCACAACGAUAGAAACACCAUCAACCACAACUAUAGAAACACCAACAACCACAACUAUAGAAACACCAUCAACCACAACUAUAGAAACACCAACAACCACAACUAUAGAAACACCAUCAACCACAACUAUAGAAACACCAACAACCCCACCCACAACAACCACAACUAUAGAAACACCAACAACCACAACUAUAGAAACACCAUCAACCACAACUAUAGAAACACCAACAACCACAACUAUAGAAACACCAACAACCACACUGACAACAACUACAACUAUAGAGACACCAACAACCACAACUAUAGAAACACCAACAACCCAACCUACAACAACCACAACUAUAGAAACACCAACAACCACAACUAUAGAAACACCAUCAACCACAACUAUAGAAACACCAACAACCACAACUAUAGAAACACCAACAACCCCACCCACAACAACCACAACUAUAGAAACACCAACAACCACAACUAUAGAAACACCAUCAACCACAACUAUAGAAACACCAUCAACCACAACUAUAGAAACACCAACAACCCCACCCACAACAACCACAACUAUAGAAACACCAUCAACCACACCCACAACAACCACAACUACAGAAACACCAUCAACCACAACUAUAGAAACACCAACAACCACAACUAUAGAAACACCAACAACACCACCCACAACAACCACAACUAUAGAAACACCAACAACCACAACUAUAGAAACACCAUCAACCACAACUAUAGAAACACCAACAACCACAACUAUAGAAACACCAACAACCACACUGACAACAACUACAACUAUAGAGACACCAACAACCACAACUAUAGAAACACCAACAACCCCACCUACAACAUCAACUAUAGAAACACCAACAACCACAACUAUAGAAACACCAACAACCACAACUAUAGAAACACCAUCAACCACAACUAUAGAAACACCAUCAACCACAACUAUAGAAACACCAACAACCCCACCCACAACAACCACAACUAUAGAAACACCAACAACCACAACUAUAGAAACACCAUCAACCACAACUAUAGAAACACCAACAACCACAACUAUAGAAACACCAACAACCACACUGACAACAACUACAACUAUAGAGACACCAACAACCACAACUAUAGAAACACCAACAACCCCACCUACAACAACCACAACUAUAGAAACACCAACAACCACAACUAUAGAAACACCAUCAACCACAACUAUAGAAACACCAACAACCACAACUAUAGAAACACCAUCAACCACAACUAUAGAAACACCAACAACCCCACCCACAACAACCACAACUAUAGAAACACCAUCAACCACAACUAUAGAAACACCAUCAACCACAACUAUAGAAACACCAACAACCCCACCCACAACAACCACAACUAUAGAAACACCAACAACCACAACUAUAGAAACACCAUCAACCACAGCUAUAGAAACACCAACAACCACAACUAUAGAAACACCAACAACCACACUGACAACAACUACAACUAUAGAGACACCAACAACCACAACUAUAGAAACACCAACAACCCCACCUACAACAACCACAACUAUAGAAACACCAACAACCACAACUAUAGAAACACCAUCAACCACAACUAUAGAAACACCAUCAACCACAACUAUAGAAACACCAACAACAACAACUAUAGAAACACCAUCAACCACAACUAUAGAAACACCAACAACACCACCUACAACAACCACAACUAUAGAAACACCAUCAACCACAACUAUAGAAACACCAUCAACCACAACUAUAGAAACACCAUCAACCACAACUAUAGAAACACCAACAACCACAACUAUAGAAACACCAUCAACCACAACUAUAGAAACACCAACAACCACAACUAUAGAAACACCAUCAACCACAACUAUAGAAACACCAACAACCCCACCUACAACAACUACAACUAUAGAGACACCAACAACCACAACUAUAGAAACACCAUCAACCACAACUAUAGAAACACCAACAACAACAACUAUAGAAACACCAACAACCACAACUAUAGAAACACCAACAACCACAACUAUAGAAACACCAACAACCACACCCACAACAACCACAACUACAGAAACACCAACAACCACAACUAUAGAAACACCAACAACCACAACUAUAGAAACACCAUCAACCACAACUAUAGAAACACCAACAACCCCACCCACAACAACCACAACUAUAGAAACACCAACAACCACAACUAUAGAAACACCAUCAACCACAACUAUAGAAACACCAACAACCACAACUAUAGAAACACCAACAACCACACUGACAACAACUACAACUAUAGAGACACCAACAACCACAACUAUAGAAACACCAUCAACCACAACUAUAGAAACACCAACAACAACAACUAUAGAAACACCAACAACCACAACUAUAGAAACACCAACAACCACAACUAUAGAAACACCAACAACCACACCCACAACAACCACAACUACAGAAACACCAACAACCACAACUAUAGAAACACCAACAACCACAACUAUAGAAACACCAUCAACCACAACUAUAGAAACACCAACAACCCCACCCACAACAACCACAACUAUAGAAACACCAACAACCACAACUAUAGAAACACCAUCAACCACAACUAUAGAAACACCAACAACCACAACUAUAGAAACACCAACAACCACACUGACAACAACUACAACUAUAGAGACACCAACAACCACAACUAUAGAAACACCAACAACCCCACCUACAACAACCACAACUAUAGAAACACCAACAACCACAACUAUAGAAACACCAUCAACCACAACUAUAGAAACACCAACAACCACAACUAUAGAAACACCAUCAACCACAACUAUAGAAACACCAACAACCCCACCCACAACAACCACAACUAUAGAAACACCAUCAACCACAACUAUAGAAACACCAUCAACCACAACUAUAGAAACACCAACAACCCCACCCACAACAACCACAACUAUAGAAACACCAACAACCACAACUAUAGAAACACCAUCAACCACAACUAUAGAAACACCAACAACCACAACUAUAGAAACACCAACAACCACACUGACAACAACUACAACUAUAGAGACACCAACAACCACAACUAUAGAAACACCAACAACCCCACCUACAACAACCACAACUAUAGAAACACCAACAACCACAACUAUAGAAACACCAUCAACCACAACUAUAGAAACACCAUCAACCACAACUAUAGAAACACCAACAACAACAACUAUAGAAACACCAUCAACCACAACUAUAGAAACACCAACAACACCACCUACAACAACCACAACUAUAGAAACACCAUCAACCACAACUAUAGAAACACCAUCAACCACAACUAUAGAAACACCAUCAACCACAACUAUAGAAACACCAUCAACCACAACUAUAGAAACACCAUCAACCACAACUAUAGAAACACCAUCAACCACAACUAUAGAAACACCACCAACAACCACAACUAUAGAAACACCAUCAACCACAACUAUAGAAACACCAACAACCCCACCUACAACAACUACAACUAUAGAGACACCAACAACCACAACUAUAGAAACACCAUCAACCACAACUAUAGAAACACCAACAACCACAACUAUAGAAACACCAACAACCACAACUAUAGAAACACCAACAACCACAACUAUAGAAACACCAACAACCACACCCACAACAACCUCAACUACAGAAACACCAACAACCACAACUAUAGAAACACCAACAACCACAACUAUAGAAACACCAACAACCACACUGACAACAACUACAACUAUAGAGACACCAACAACCACAACUAUAGAAACACCAACAACCACAACUACAGAAACACCAACAACCACAACUAUAGAAACACCAUCAACCACAACUAUAGAAACACCAACAACCACAACUAUAGAAACACCAACAACCACAACUAUAGAAACACCAACAACCACAACUAUAGAAACACCAUCAACCACAACUAUAGAAACACCAACAACCACAACUAUAGAAACACCAUCAACCACAACUAUAGAAACACCAACAACCCCACCCACAACAACCACAACUAUAGAAACACCAUCAACCACAACUAUAGAAACACCAUCAACCACAACUAUAGAAACACCAACAACCCCACCCACAACAACCACAACUAUAGAAACACCAACAACCACAACUAUAGAAACACCAUCAACCACAACUAUAGAAACACCAACAACCACAACUAUAGAAACACCAACAACCACACUGACAACUACAACUAUAGAGACACCAACAACCACAACUAUAGAAACACCAACAACCCCACCUACAACAACCACAACUAUAGAAACACCAUCAACCACAACUAUAGAAACACCAUCAACCACAACUAUAGAAACACCAUCAACCACAACUAUAGAAACACCAACAACCACAACUAUAGAAACACCAUCAACCACAACUAUAGAAACACCAACAACACCACCUACAACAACCACAACUAUAGAAACACCAACAACCACAACUAUAGAAACACCAUCAACCACAACUAUAGAAACAGCAUCAACCACAACUAUAGAAACACCAACAACCACAACUAUAGAAACACCAUCAACCACAACUAUAGAAACACCAUCAACCACAACUAUAGAAACACCAACAACCACAACUAUAGAAACACCAUCAACCACAACUAUAGAAACACCAACAACCCCACCUACAACAACUACAACUAUAGAGACACCAACAACCACAACUAUAGAAACACCAACAACCCCACCCACAACAACCACAACUAUAGAAACACCAACAACCACAACUAUAGAAACACCAUCAACCACAACUAUAGAAACACCAACAACCACAACUAUAGAAACACCAUCAACCACAACUAUAGAAACACCAACAACCACAAUUAUAGAAACACCAUCAACCACAACUAUAGAAACACCAACAACCCCACCCACAACAACCACAACUAUAGAAACACCAACAACCACAACUAUAGAAACACCAACAACCACAACUAUAGAAACACCAUCAACCACAACUAUAGAAACACCAUCAACCACAACUAUAGAAACACCAACAACCCCACCCACAACAACCACAACUAUAGAAACACCAACAACCACACUGACAACAACUACAACUAUAGAGACACCAACAACCACAACUAUAGAAACACCAACAACCCCACCUACAACAACCACAACUAUAGAAACACCAACAACCACACUGACAACAACUACAACUAUAGAGACACCAACAACCACAACUAUAGAAACACCAACAACCCCACCUACAACAACCACAACUAUAGAAACACCAACAACCACAACUAUAGAAACACCAUCAACCACAACUAUAGAAACACCAACAACCACAACUAUAGAAACACCAACAACCACAACUAUAGAAACACCAUCAACCACAACUAUAAAAACACCAACAACCCCACCUACAACAACCACAACUAUAGAAACACCAACAACCACAGUGACAACAACUACAACUAUAGAGACACCAACAACCACAACUAUAGAAACACCAACAACCCCACCCACAACAACCACAACUAUAGAAACACCAACAACCACAACUAUAGAAACACCAUCAACCACAACUAUAGAAACACCAACAACCAGAACUAUAGAAACACCAACAACCCCACCUACAACAACCACAACUAUAGAAACACCAACAACCACAACUAUAGAAACACCAUCAACCACAACUAUAGAAACACCAUCAACCACAACUAUAGAAACACCAACAACCCCACCCACAACAACCACAACUAUAGAAACACCAUCAACCACACCCACAACAACCACAACUACAAAAACACCAUCAACCACAACUAUAGAAACACCAACAACCACAACUAUAGAAACACCAUCAACCACAACUAUAGAAACACCAACAACACCACCCACAACAACCACAACUAUAGAAACACCAACAACCACAACUAUAGAAACACCAUCAACCACAACUAUAGAAACACCAACAACCACAACUAUAGAAACACCAACAACCACACUGACAACAACUACAACUAUAGAGACACCAACAACCACAACUAUAGAAACACCAACAACCCCACCUACAACAACCACAACUAUAGAAACACCAACAACCACAACUAUAGAAACACCAUCAACCACAACUAUAGAAACACCAUCAACCACAACUAUAGAAACACCAACAACCACAACUAUAGAAACACCAUCAACCACAACUAUAGAAACACCAACAACCCCACCCACAACAACCACAACUAUAGAAACACCAACAACCACAACUAUAGAAACACCAACAACCACAACUAUAGAAACACCAACAACCACACUGACAACAACUACAACUAUAGAGACACCAACAACCACAACUAUAGAAACACCAACAACCCCACCUACAACAACCACAACUAUAGAAACACCAACAACCACAACUAUAGAAACACCAUCAACCACAACUAUAGAAACACCAACAACCACAACUAUAGAAACACCAUCAACCACAACUAUAGAAACACCAACAACCCCACCCACAACAACCACAACUAUAGAAACACCAUCAACCACAACUAUAGAAACACCAUCAACCACAACUAUAGAAACACCAACAACCCCACCCACAACAACCACAACUAUAGAAACACCAACAACCACAACUAUAGAAACACCAUCAACCACAACUAUAGAAACACCAACAACCACAACUAUAGAAACACCAACAACCACACUGACAACAACUACAACUAUAGAGACACCAACAACCACAACUAUAGAAACACCAACAACCACAACUAUAGAAACACCAACAACCACAACUAUAGAAACACCAUCAACCACAACUAUAGAAACACCAUCAACCACAACUAUAGAAACACCAACAACAACAACUAUAGAAACACCAUCAACCACAACUAUAGAAACACCAACAACACCACCUACAACAACCACAACUAUAGAAACACCAUCAACCACAACUAUAGAAACACCAUCAACCACAACUAUAGAAACACCAUCAACCACAACUAUAGAAACACCAUCAACCACAACUAUAGAAACACCAUCAACCACAACUAUAGAAACACCAUCAACCACAACUAUAGAAACACCAACAACCACAACUAUAGAAACACCAUCAACCACAACUAUAGAAACACCAACAACCCCACCUACAACAACCACAACUAUAGAAACACCAACAACCACAACUAUAAAGACACCAACAACCACAACUAUAGAAACACCAACAACCACAACUAUAGAAACACCAACAACCCUACCUACAACAACCACAACUAUAGAAACACCAACAACCACACCCACAACAACCACAACUAUAGAAACACCAACAACCACAACUAUAGAAACACCAUCAACAUCAACUAUAGAAACACCAACAACCCCACCUACAACAACCACAACUACAGAAACACCAACAACCCCACCUACAACAACCACAACUAUAGAGACACCAACAACCACAACUAUAGAAACACCAACAACCACACCCACAACAACCACAACUAUAGAGACACCAACAACCACAACUAUAGAAACACCAACAACCACACUGACAACAACCACCACUAUAGAAACACCAACGACCACAACUAUAGAAACACCAAAAACCACACCCACGACAACUACAACUACAGAAUCGCCCACAACAACAACAACCACAGAAAUAACAACAGGAACAACUGCAAGGCCAACUGUUGUAACUAUGAUAGGAUCUACAUCCACUAUAGUAACAUCACCACAAGUGCAAUCAACAACAACAGGCAAAGAAUCAUGUAAACCGAAGACCUCUAAUAAAACUAUACAGAUCGAAGAUUGUUCAGCAGUUGUGACAGUGACCGAAUGUGAAGGCCAAUGCCAAUCUGGAUCAAGCUUCUUUUUAAACACGGAUUCCAGUUCCGGAUCUAUGAUGACAAUUUGCAAGUGUUGCCAGCCAAAGACUGAAGAAAAAAGAAUUGCAACUUUGGCCUGCUCUGGAUCUAAUACCAGGCGUUUUGAGUACACUUAUGUAACAGGCUGUAACUGUGAGGACUGUCCUGGGAAAUAAUUUCCAAUGCAAAACAUUUCUCUUAUUGUAUUUCCAGUAACAAGCUGAUGAAGUUAAAUUACAAUGAAACUCUUUCUGGUGAUGGUAUUAUUAGGGCGCCUCUGUUUACUUUAAACUACUGAAAUCAAUAAAACUUCUUGCAUAUGA